UGUUUAACAGCAAUCAUUAACUACAAUCAUGGCAACUGCCAGUAGUGAGGUGCACCAUCCUGUAGAUCCUGGAAUCCCGAAGUUGCAGUUUGCUCCCUUUAGUAGUGCCUUGGAUGCAGGAUUUUGGCACGAACUAACCCAGAAGAAACUCAAUGAGUACCGAUUGGAUGAGACCCCAAAAGUUAUCAAAGGAUACUACUACAAUGGUGAUCCUUUGGGUUUGCCAGCUCGCCUGACAUUGGAGUUUAGUGCCUUUGAUAUGAAUGCUUCAAUACCAGCACGUUGCUGUCCCGCUUUUGGAACAUUGUAUAAUACCAACACUUUUGAGACUUUCAAAUCCUGUGACAAAAAGUCACUUCUGGAAAAAGAAGCAAAUGAGAUAUGGGAAUCAAUAAAAUCUGGAGCUGCUCUUGAAAACCCUAUGCUCUUGAACAGGUUCCUGCUGCUCACAUUCGCAGAUUUAAAAAAGUAUAAUUUCUAUUACUGGUUUUGCUACCCUGCUCUCUGCUUCCCUGAUGGAAUACAUAUAAUUCAGAAACCAGUGUGUCUUGGUGACAGAUUCCCAUUAAAUCAGAUUCAAGCACUUCAGAAAGCGUAUGAUGAACUUUGCCAGAAAGAGAGUGUUACGGCCUUGCCUUAUUUUUUAAUCAAGUAUCAUGACAAUUCUGUUGAGAUAUCUCUGCUGAAAAAAUGGGAGAAUUUCUUCCAAGACCAAGGGGGAAAGGUGACAGUUGGAGUCUAUGAUCCAUGUAAUUUAUCCCACUAUCCAGGAUGGCCACUGAGAAAUUUCCUGAUCCUGGCAGCCCACAAGUGGGGCAGCAUUCUCCAGUCAAUUGAAGUGCUCUGCUUCAGGGACAGGACCAUGCAAGGAGUGAGAGACAUAACACAUAGCAUUAUCUUCGAAAUAAAGCUUCCAGAGAGAGCCCUUGGCCCAGAUUGUCCAAAAGCUGUUGGAUGGGAGAAAAACCAAAAGGGAGGCAUGGGUCCAAGGAUGGUGAAUCUCAGUGAAUGCAUGGAUCCAAAAAGGUUAGCAGAAUCAUCAGUGGAUCUUAAUUUGAAAUUGAUGUGCUGGCGGUUGGUGCCUACUCUUGAUUUGGAAAAAAUUGUUUCUGCCAAGUGUCUGUUGUUAGGAGCUGGUACGCUGGGUUGUAGCGUUGCAAGGACCUUGAUGGGUUGGGGAGUCAGGAAGAUUACGUUUGUGGACAAUGCAAAGAUCUCCUACUCCAACCCAGUACGACAACCCCUGUAUGAGUUUGAAGACUGUCUUAGUGGGGGGAAGCCUAAGGCACUUGCAGCAGCUGACAGGCUACAGAAAAUCUUCCCAGGAGUGAGUUCGGAAGGCUAUAACAUGAGCAUCCCUAUGCCAGGCCACCCAGUGAAUUUUUCUGAAGUAACAAUGGCACAGGCUCGGAAGGACGUGGCUAAACUUGAAGAGCUUAUUGAUUCUCAUGAUGUUGUUUUCCUCCUAAUGGACACAAGAGAGAGUCGAUGGCUUCCUGCUGUCAUUGCAGCCAGCAAGAGGAAGUUGGUCAUCAAUGCUGCAUUGGGAUUUGACACAUUUGUUGUUAUGAGACACGGACUAAAGAAACCAAAACAGCAAGAAUCUGGUGAUUCAUGUUCCAACAAUGCCUCUGGUUCUUCUGAUCUUUUGGGAUCAUCACUCUUUUCAAAUAUCCCCGGCUAUAAACUGGGCUGCUACUUCUGCAAUGAUGUUGUGGCACCAGGGGAUUCCACCAGGGAUCGGACAUUGGAUCAGCAGUGCACGGUUAGUCGACCUGGCUUAGCCAUGGUAGCUGGAGCCCUUGCAGUGGAAUUAAUGGUCUCUGUUUUACAGCAUCCAGAAGGUGGUUAUGCAGUGGCCAGCAGCAGUGAUGAUAGAAUGAAUGAGCCACCUACUUCUCUUGGGCUUGUUCCUCAUCAGAUCCGUGGAUUUUUAUCAAGAUUUGAUAAUGUUCUUCCAGUCAGCCUGGCAUUUGAUAAGUGCACAGCCUGUUCAACCAAAGUCCUUGACCAGUAUGAACGAGAAGGGUUUAAUUUCCUAGCUAAAGUCUUUAAUUCUUCGCAUUCCUUCUUAGAAGACUUGACAGGUCUAACUUUAUUGCACCAGGAGACACAGGCUGCUGAGAUGAUCCAGUUCCGACUCAUCAAAUGGGAUGCUGUCAGGAGCUGUGCGGUAACCGGCCUGUUCGCACACAUCCAGCGGCGAGUGUGUAACGAUGAGCAGCCCCUGCAGAGUGGGCCUGCUGCAAAAUAG